AUAAUAAUGUUCGUAGAUGUACUUGAAAACUUUGACAGAUUUGGUGAAUGAAAAAAAGUAAAUUUCUGAUAGCUAAAAAUUACCGGAGUUUUAUUUAGUUAACAAAAUUUCAAAAUGGAUUUGAGAAAUCAACAUGAUGAAGCUUUUGAAGUGAACGAAUGGAUAAAGUUCGGAAUGAGAAUUGCGGUCACUUCGACUCUACAUCCCUUUGAAUACGCAAAGGCUUUGAUGCAGCUCGGAUAUGAACCCAUUGCACCUCGACCUGGCAAGUCAUUAUUCGGUACACCGGUUCUUGUUUUGCCUAAUGUUUUCCAGUAUGUAAAAUACAUUAAGCGAGUCGAUGGCUUAGUCGGUUGUUAUCGAGGCCUGGCACCGAAGGUCGUCGGAACAUUAGUCUCAUCCAUUGGCAGUGAGAAAAUUGCUAUAAAAUUAGGAUUUGACAGAAUACCGGACGAUAACAAAGAUGAAAGUGAAUUAACCGAAGAGGAAUCAGAGAAACGAUUUUUGCGCUGCUUGAAACGGGAUCUGGUCCUGUCAGUGACGGCUGUUACUUUAGCACAUCCAUUUCAAGUCAUCUCCGUACGAAUGAUGGCCCAAUUUAUUGGCAACGAAACGACAUACAGUACAAUUUGGUCGUCGAUAAAGGAAAUUUGGAAUACCGAAGGUAUCUUUGGAUUCUUUUCCGGUUACACGCCUAAGCUUCUAUGUGAGGUUUCCUGUUUGGUAAUCGCUAGCUCAGCGACGUACAUGAUCAAAAAGCACUUUGUACGCGACCGUGAAGGACACGAAUAUGUAGGAACUUUUACGAAUUUCGUGGUAGCGACUAUUUUCUAUCCGCUGCAUGUCGUUUCCACCUGUAUGAAGGUUGCUGGUUCGCGAUUGAAAGCCGGCCAGACACCACAUAUGCCACAAUACACAAACUGGUCGCAAUGUUUUCGUGAACUGAAAUCUGCCGGUGAACAUAAACGAGGAAGUUCUUUGUUUUUCAGGUACUAUCGCACCCAGCCGAUUUUCCGCGGUGAAAUACCAUUUCCCAAGGCACAGUAAACAUUUGUCGGCUGCCUAGUUCCUGUUCAAACGCAUUUAAUUUGUGACUUGGUAUGGGGUUGAAGAGUUUUUAGUCACCUUUUCCUUAUAAAAAAAAGAAGUAAAAUCGAGCAUUCACUGUGUUCGUUUGUUGUAAAUAAUUUGUCCGAGUGAAGUGUUACGAAUUCUCCUUUUAAUUGACAGUCGAUUUAGAAAAAUCAAUUGUAACAUUAUAACUGAAACAUGAAAAAUAAAGAGAAAAUUUAAUUUCAAAGCA